GUUCGCUGGGCGGGGCCGAACUAGUAGCGCGCCGCCAGCCGCUCGGUUUAUACGUGUUUCGUGUUUGUUGUCGGUGUCCGACGCACCGUGCACAUGUAGAGUGAUACUUCGGCAUGUCGAUGUCGUGAAUUGUAACAAGAUGGACUUUCAAAGUGCAAUGGAGACGUUCGCUGAGGCGUGGGCAGCAGCCAACACCGUAAAAUCAGAGGCACCUAGUGAUUUGCCGCAGAACUUGGUACCGGAGCUACGGCGCAGCAAGACUCCGCCGCGGCGGUCGUCAGAGGAACGCGCGGCGCCGCGUCCGCCCUCCGCGCCGGUGCACAACGAUCGCACACAACACACGCCACCUAAAAAAGAAGUCUUCAAUAACCUCUUCUCUAAAAGUAUAUCUGGUAAAACCUUCCCAGUGCACUGCGUCGUGGAAGCAAUAUCAUCCCUCGAGGAAGACAACUGGAGACGGCGCACUGUCGUGGAGACGGACAGCUACGUCAUUAUACCAGCCUCGACUCCCUUUCAGGAACUGGUACCAGCAGCCAUGAUAAGGCUUGGCUACCCUCACGAAUUAUCUGCGUCCGCUAAAGGUACGGUGGUAUUAAACAAUUGGAAGCCGUUGCCUUUCGAUAGGAUCUCUGAAGGUGCGUUGGCAACGGUCGGAGAAGUCCUGGGUGAGCUGGCUACAGUGGCGACAUUGCGCAUACAACUGCUACGGCCAAGACUAACACCACUACAGGAUAUAAAGGACAAACUUCUAAGACUUCUGCUUGUUCAAAGUAGAGCGCUACUAAUAUCAACUGGAUGCCCUUUAGAUGAGGUGACUUUAACUCAAAUCUGCCGUGGUCAGGACAGAACACCGGGACCCCACAAUUUCCAUGAACCGUCUGAGGAGAUGCGUCGAAAAUUUGAAUCAUGGUGGAGUGCACAAGUAUCUCCUCGGGCACCAACUUUCAGCCCCCGCCGAUAUCCUUCUCCGGGACCGAAAAAUCGAUCGCCAACACUCAAUCCAAUUCCAGAUCAUUUACAUCCCGCCUUACAAACCGUUCAAAAUCAAUAUCCAACGCCGAAAACAAGAAUGCGAACGAGUUUUGAUCCUGAGCUUGAGUUACCGAAACUACAACGUUGGUUCUCAGAGAAUCAACAUCCGAGUCGACAACAGAUUCAGCAGUAUGUUCGAGAAUUGAACAAUUUAGAAUCAAGGAGAGGCCGAAAACCGUUAGAUGUUAAUAAUGUCGUAUAUUGGUUUAAAAAUGCACGAGCUGCUCAGAAGCGUGCCGAACUACGUAGUAUUGGAGGAUUAGGAUGUCAUCUUAAUGGUUUUAAUAGCAGGAGCCAUAGUCCAUCAAAUGGUUCCUUGAUGACUGGUAAUGAUAGCUAUGCAUCCCAAGACCAUAAUAAUUCUAUGAAAAGCCCUAUGCAGUUGUCAGGAAGUCCUGGCAGGUAUCCUAUGUCGGUAAUGUCCGAAGAUAAUCUCUCAAAUGGCGGUUCGGAUUUAGAAGAUGAUGGUGGUGAAGUAAACCCUGAUGAUAGACCAGAGAGUCCUGAUGCGCCGCUUUCUUUGAUAACAACUAAGAAAAAUAAUAAUGAUGGAGAAGACAGAACUGAAGAAUCACCAAAAUCACCUGACAUUGUUAAGGUCGAAUAUGUUAAACAAGAACCAACAGAUCUGAGCAAACCUGACCAAGGUAAUUCUCCUCAGCGCUCACCAGCUAAGAAUAGCGAUAGUCCAAAUAAUAAUAAUAACAUCAACAAUAAUAAUAAUGAAGAAGAAAACGGAGUAACUGACGAUCACGACGUAUCUGAUGAUGAAGUCAUGCAAGAACACAAAUACAGACCUCAUAUUGACCGCUUACCAUUUCCUAUGGUUCCAAAUCACUCGAUGUUCGGACCGCCCGGUAUUAUAUACAUGAGUCAAUACAUGAGUGGUUUCCACGGCGUCGGAGGAGUACCUGGUGAAGGUGCCAGUGGUUUGAAUUUAGCACUCGCCGGCGCUUCUGACGAACGUCGCAAACGAAACAGAACUUUUAUAGAUCCAGUAUCAGAGGUUCCCGUAUUAGAGCAGUGGUUUUCAAUGAACACGCAUCCGUCACAUAAUUUGAUAUUGAAGUACACCGAAGAGUUAAACAGAAUGCCUUAUAGGCAAAAGUUUCCGCGACUCGAAUCCAAGAACGUGCAAUUCUGGUUUAAGAAUCGUCGAGCGAAGUGCAAGAGGUUGAAGAUGUCACUGUAUGAACCUUCAUCUCCAUCUCACUAUUCACAUCCUGGGCAUCCGCAAUCGAUUGGCGAUAGGAAAUUUGAACCGAACAAAAGUAUUCCGGGGAUGCAAUAUACCUAAAUUAAGAGAGAAAAUCUUUCCAUAAAAGAUUUUCCAUGUGGUUUCAGAUUAACACGAAGACUGAUUUCGGAUCGUAUAAUGGUGUAGUGCCAUGUUAGUAUUAUUAUGACAGUGACGUCAUUUUAACUUUUCGUAUUAUUCUGAGGACUUGAGUGCCACAAUCGUGGUCCCUUCUAGUAUAAACAUUACUCCAAAGCAAAACUUGUUAGAAUAGUUGGUAAUUAUAUAGAUAUAAUCUACGUAUUGAAUGGUGACGAUCAUAUCGUUGUAUGUACAUAUGUAAUAUACGUUAUAAAAUGUGUUACGGAAGACGCGUCGCAAGUUGCAACGCACCUGCGAAUGAAUCUCAAGUUUCUGUAUAUAUAUGAAUGGUAAGAAAUUCAAUUUUAUUUAUUAAAUUUUACUUAUAUACACUAGCGGAGAAAAUUAAGGGGUCAAAAAAACCUAAAUUAUUAGUGAUUUUUCAAAUGUAUCUUUGAUAAAAAUGGUCGUAGAGUAAAAAAAAGGAAUUUGAAGCUUGAACUUUUUAAUUUUUGGAUCUUACAAAAAAAAAUUCUGGGAAUUUUUUUUGUAUCGAUCGAAGAAAACACGUAUCGCGCAAUUUUAAUGAAUAUCAUGAUUAUCAUUUGUUUCUCAGCGGGGUUAAACUGGACUAAGUUUUGUCCAUCAGAGACUCCAGUUAACCGUCUCUCGAUUUCAGACAAGCUGUUCACGAUUGUCUUCCACGAUGGAAUGAGGGAUAUUGGUACGACUCGUAUAAUGGGCAUUCCCAGUAUUACCAUCACUGUUCACUUAGUUUCAAUUUUGUUUUUUUUUUUGGUUUCGAUACGAUUAUUUCUCGUUGAGCUAUCAGAUUUUGAAAGAAAAUGGAUCAUUUUCUGUUUGUUCAUCGAUAGCUUAGAAACGAUUAGUUGCACAGAAAAUGCAUUUAAUACAGUUUUUAGAUUUUUUUUUAAUUUUUAUCAUGUCGGUUCAAAAUAAAAAGAAAUUUAGACGAUUUUCACGUGGUAUGUUUUAAGUGACGAUAAUGCCAGCGGUUUUGUGAAAUUUUGAAAACAAUAUUUUCGAAAAAUUUCACAUAAUUUCAAAUGUCAUAUGAAUGUAAAAAAAAAACGGAAAAUAAUGUUUUUUUUUUACAGAUUAUGAGCACUUAAAGGCAAAAAACGUAAUUAUUUAAAUUUUAAAAAAUUCAUUCGAAUAAAACAAUAAAACUGCUUGAUAGAUCGAAUUGAAACUCUGUUGAGCUUUUAGGGGUACAAUGACUUGUAAAAGGCACACUUAACAUUACUUAUUUUAGAAGACCCCUAAAAGUCCUAUUUUUACGAUUUUUCAAAGCCAUGUUAAAAAUAAAAAUAAAAAGUUUUUCUAAAAAUCCGUGCCAGAACCUUAUAGAGAAUUCAUUCAAGUUUCUGAAACCCGUCAUCGAUUUUCUGUGCAACAAUGAUGAACAAAGAGAAAAUGGUACAUUUUCAUUCAGUCCCAUAGCUCAACAAGAAAUGGUCCAAUCGAGAUCCAAAAAAAAAAAACAAAAUUGAACCUAAGUGAACAACCUAUUUAAUCCAUAAGGUGGUUGUUUUUUUUUUCAAGUCCGUAUACCAAAAAUAAGAUCGAAAAAAAUCGCUAUUAUUUUUUCACGAUACUCAUUAAGAUUGCGCGAUACGUAUUACUUGGAAUUCUUUUUUUUUGCAAUAUGCAAAAUAUAGAAAGUUUACACUUCAAACUGCUUUUUUUUACUCUAAUACGAUCAUUUUUAUCAAAGAUACAGCCAUUUGAAAAAUUGUUAAAAAUUUUAGUUUUAUUGAAACCUUAAUUUUUCUGCUAGCAUAUAAAAAAAAUCUGUUAUAUCUUAACUAUUUUAUUGAUCGUGUCAUUUCAGCCAUUAUUUGUCUACUGCUGGACAUAAGCCUCACCUAUAAACUGCCAUAAAGAACGGUCCCAAGCCACCUGCAUCCACUAACUGCCUGCAAUGCAUUUCAGGUCAUCGCUCCAUCUAGUGGGGGGUCGUCCUACACUACGUUUGACCGUACGGGGUCGCCACUCAAGAACCUUCUUUCCCCAUCGGUUAUUGGUUCUUCGAGUUAUGUGCUCAGCUCAUUGUUACUUGCUUAUCCUUCGGGCUAUGUCGGUUACGUUGAUUCCUUUGCGGAUAUCUUCGGUUAUAGCCCUCUUCAUAGCCCGCUGAGUAACUUGAAGCUUCUGCAUACGGGCAAUCGUAUAGGACCAUUUUCCGAUUCCAUAAGUCAUCAUUGGCAAUACGCACUGAUUCAAGAUCUUCGUCUUCAAAUUCUGAGGUAUUUUGGAUGAAAAGAUGUGGCGUAGUUUUUCGAACGUUGCCCAGCUAAGUUGGAUUCAUCGGUUGACCUCUCGGUCGAAGUUGAAUUUACCUAUUCAGACAACUUGUCUCAGGUAUACAUUCUCAUCGACAACUUCGAGCGUAGUGCUUUCAAUCGUAACCGGUAUAAGUGUGACAUGGACGUUAGACAUUAUUUAAGUAUUGUUCAUGUUUAUCCUAAGACCUACCUGUUGAGAAACACCAUUGAGGUCAUUGAGCAUAGUAUUCAGAUCCUCCAGGGAUACGUCACCCUGUCUUACACCUUUCUGCACUAGGAUGGGUUUAGUACUCUGGUUCUGUACUCGGAUAACCAUCGUAGCUUUACUGUACAUACACUUCAACACUUCGAUAUAACUAUAUUCAAUCUGGCACCGCUGGAGGGACCGCAAUAUUUUAUUGAUACUCAUAAUAAAGUACUACUAAAAUAAUUAGCUGUAGGUGACUUAGACAAAUCAAUGUGUAGAUUGGUAUUCAAUGUUAUAUUGUAAUAUACAUAAUUAAUGAGUCAUAUAGUGUAAGAAUUAUAUAGUGCACAUAUAGGUAGGUAUAGAGAAUAAUUAUAUUCGGCCUGUGCUUCGGUUGACGAUGGCUAAAGUAGAUUGCGCACAUUCCAUAUUUCAACUUAAUUUAGUAAUGCUUCCUCAAUCCAAAGAUUGAUUAGUGUUAAUCGACUAGUAAGAUAAUGAAGAGAUAGCAGAUACCAAACUGCUCACAGUACUAUCUAAUAGUAAAGAACAUGUGGUACUAUGUAAUACAUAAUAUUAAAUUGAAAAUUGUUGUAAUUGUUUAUUUUAAUUGACGACAUUAUCUUUAAUGUUUAAAUUAUUCCGUAUAGUGAUUUUAUUUUAGUAGAUAUUAAAAUAAAGGUCUACUUUCAAUGUAUAUACACAUUUGAACUUUAUAUAUUAUAGUAAAUAUCUAAAAAUCAUCAAAAUUCGUCAUAUUUGUAAUAAUAAUUAUCGCUAUUACUACUUCAUUUAUUCACUGUAUUUGGAUAAGUUCGAAAUUCUGUUGGUGUUUCUGUAACACAGCAUGUACAAGACACUAGUCUUUCACAAAGGCAAAUUAUAUUGCUUUUUAUUGUAGUUUGUUUCACAUAAUUUAAAUUAAAUGUUAAUUUCUCGCUCUUUAUGAGGAGAGAAAUAAAACAUUUUAUUAUUGUUAUUAUAGGAGGUUUUUAUGUAUUAUUUCAAAUUACAUGAUUAGGAAAUCACGCAUAGUUUUUUCUGUAGCUUACAAGAUUUUAACAUUAUUUUUGUUUGUAUUAUGUUGUAUCAAUAAUAUUAAUUACGUAGUAAUACAUGUUCUUAUUCAGAUAUUAUAUUAUUUAACAGUAUUUACGCAUUUAUCGAUUGAGGCUAUUUGUCACACGAUGCAUCGCAAACUAUUGUUUUAUAGUUUUUAAUUAAAUAUUUGUAACAUUUUUAUGAAUUGUUUUCGUUGUACCAUGUUAUGUGCUUGUUUUGUGGAGCUGUGAUGAAUUUUCCAAAUAAUUAUUGUAAAUAAUUUAUUAAUGUUAAUAAGGGUUCUAUUGUAAAUGUAUGUCACUAGGCUCACAAGAACAUUCGAAGCAUUUACCGCUAGGUAAUAAAGAUAUUGGCUAAAUGUUUAUUCAAUUCAAUUAUAUAAACAGAAAAUUUAAUUGAAUAUUAUAAUGAAAAUUA